UACUCACGGAAGCACACGCCGAGGAAGAGGUCCGACCGCCCCGUGUCGCUGGCUUGUGUCAAUCCCUGGCAUCGCGUUGUCCCUGUCCGUUGUUUCCUAAGUUCUCUGCCGUUCAUCAUAACCAGAUCCAGUAUAUAUCCACAUCUCACCCCAACUCUCACGGUUCGUUCGUUCGUCACCGGCGUCUGCUGCCCCUCUCUUCCGGGAACUGCAGGACAGGAACUGUGUGAAUGGAGGCCACUGUGCAACCCUUGCAGAAGAUCCAAACCGGCCUGUUUUCUCAAGUGCAACCAGAUGUCCAUGACCUCAGCCAGCUGAGCUGUUCUUCCUGCAGGAUGACCCACUUCCCCCUGAUGCCUUGGACCUGUUUCAGUGCCUUUCAGCCCGCCACAUUCCAAUCUGAGGCAUUCAAGAGCAAAGCGCAAGCACCUCGGACAGCAGCCUCCAGGGGCUUGGCUCAAAAAAUCCCCGCAACUAAAAACAACAAUAAUAAACGGUAUGAUUUGCAAACCAAACUUCUAUGGAGCAAAUCGCAGGAAGCAACUGAAGCAACUUCUCAUUGCAGAGGUAUUACUUUUCUGGUUCAUGUACCAUGUGCGUUGGGAUGAUGUAUGUUGUGGUUUGGCACCACGCAAAUUAUAUUGAAUUGAAUUAACCUUCAGUCCCUGCACAGGGAGUCUUUUAUUUUUUUAUAUCCAAUCUGUCACUACUAUCGUUGCCCUUUUGACACUCACCAUAUUAGCCCUUUAAUAUUAUAUGAGCUUCUCUGUGCCUGUGUGUUACUGACUCAGUCUUUGCUGGGGGCUUUUAUUCAUGGAUUAUUCGCUGCAUUUUUGGAUAUUUCUUUUCAUACCACUGUUAUUUGAAGAAAAGGUUUUUCGCCUCACGUGGACCUGUUCGAUUUCUCUCAUUUUUCUCACCCCCUCCCUCUGUUUGCUCCUCUAGCCACUUUUGGACGCAUGGCAUCAAUUAUACUUAGGAUGCCAGUCCUUUCGACUGCCAUUUAUCUCUGCAUUGCAAUUAUGUUCAAUAUUUGAUUUUCAUACAGCAUCUCAUAUUUACCAUGGCUCUCCUGAAUGCGUCUCCUGGAUGAACAAAAUAUGUACCAAAAGGGAGCAUGUAACGUUUGUGCGUCUCUUAAAAGUGUCUUGGAAAUGUGAAGCUGUGAUGGAUUAUAUUUAUGAGUAGCCUAAUUGAAGAUGUCCUAUACGGGCAAUGACCUUGUUUGAAGAGGACAUUGUUUUGUGUGUGUGUGUGUGUGUGUGUGUGUGUGUGUGUACAAGACGGUGAAGGGGGGCAGAGGGAGUCGGCCACGCCCAAACGAUGGUGUUUGAUGACGCCCGUCUGUUGCUUCUUGUGUACACCGGUGCGUCCUGCCAUUGGUGGAGGACAGUGAAAGGUGCCCAGCGCUGGCGCGCCAUGGGCGGGUGGGAGGUCUGUUUAUAAACCCAUAUCUCUUCUCGUGGGCGGGAACAGCAACAGUAGGGAGUGAAAGUGAAGAGCAGGGAGAGAGUGAGUGAGUGAGAGACGGCGCAGGAGACGAGGCUGUGGUUGACCGGGGUUCGCGGAGGGGGCGCGGCGGCCGCCCCUGUGUGCGUCUUCAGCCGCGCAUAGACGGCCACCUCAGCCUCCUGCAGUCCCCCCCCGCCGAUUGCGACCACAACUCGGGGCGACAACCUGGUGAAUCACGGAUACACCGAGGCGGAGGGCUGACGUGAUGACGGUGGUGGCGUGUGACAACAUGCUGGAAGAGUCGGCGGCUCUCCCGGGCCACCACUCUCUGGACCGAUACGAGCCGGAUCACGAGUGCUGCGAGAGGGUGGUCAUCAACAUCUCAGGUCUGCGCUUCGAGACGCAGCUCAAGACUCUGUCCCAGUUUCCAGAGACGCUGCUGGGGGACCCCAAAAAGAGGAUGAGGUACUUUGACCCUCUCCGGAACGAGUACUUUUUCGAUCGGAACCGACCCAGCUUUGAUGCCAUUCUCUACUACUACCAGUCUGGCGGGCGCAUCAGAAGACCCGUUAAUGUGCCCAUUGACAUUUUCUCCGAGGAGAUCCGCUUCUACGAGCUGGGCGAGGAGGCCAUGGAGAAGUUCAGGGAGGAUGAGGGCUUCAUCAAGGAGGAGGAGCGGCCGUUGCCAGAGAAUGAAUUUCAAAGACAGGUGUGGCUGCUUUUUGAAUACCCGGAGAGCUCGGGUCCCGCCCGGGGAAUAGCGAUAGUGUCUGUCCUGGUCAUCCUCAUCUCCAUUGUCAUCUUCUGCUUAGAGACAUUGCCGGAGUUCAGGGACGACAACAGGGACCCGAUCACCAUUGCGCCCGUGACAAAUGGCACGCUCCCGUAUUUCGUCAGCCCCUUCUCUGACCCGUUCUUUGUCGUGGAGACGCUGUGUAUCAUCUGGUUCUCCUUCGAGCUGCUGGUGCGUUUCUUUGCUUGCCCGAGUAAAGCCACGUUCUCCAAAAACAUCAUGAACAUCAUUGACAUUGUGGCCAUCAUUCCCUAUUUCAUCACCCUGGGCACCGAGCUGGCAGAGAGGCAAGGGAACGGACAGCAGGCCAUGUCAUUGGCCAUUCUGCGCGUAAUUAGGCUUGUUCGGGUAUUUCGCAUCUUCAAACUCUCGCGUCACUCCAAGGGUCUUCAGAUCUUAGGACAGACUCUCAAGGCCAGUAUGCGAGAAUUGGGUCUACUCAUAUUCUUCUUGUUCAUUGGUGUCAUCCUCUUCUCCAGUGCGGUUUAUUUUGCCGAGGCAGACGACCCAGACUCAGGUUUCAGCAGCAUCCCGGACGCGUUCUGGUGGGCUGUUGUAACCAUGACCACCGUGGGAUAUGGGGACAUGCAUCCCGUGACAAUCGGAGGAAAGAUUGUGGGAUCUCUUUGCGCAAUAGCCGGUGUGCUGACCAUUGCCCUGCCUGUGCCCGUCAUCGUCUCCAAUUUCAACUACUUCUACCACAGAGAGACGGAGGGCGAAGAACAGGCACAGUAUCUGCACGUGGGCAGCUGCCAGCCUCUGACCGACACCGAGGACCUGAGGAAGACUCGCUCCUCUUCCUCACUCAGCAAGAGCGAGUAUAUGGUGAUAGAGGAGCAAGGGAUCAACAGUGCGUUCAAACAGCAGCCUAACUUUCCCACCACCACCGCGCAGAACAACUCACAUAAUUGUGUGAAUAUAAACAAAAGGAUUUUCACCGACGUGUAGCCAAGUUUUAGAGUCACACGAGGGCUGACGUGACACAGCUGGUUCUGUCGUUGCGCACCAGCGUGUGGAAGCCCCGGUAAAUCACAUGAAGAAAAGAAAGGAUUGGAGAGAGAAGGGGCAAACCCUGCGUCUGUUCAGACACGCUGCUCCAUGUGCUCCAUUCGAACCAGAGAAUUUUCAUUUCAGUGUUCAGAGAAAGAGCUCCUUAAAGUAUUCGGCCUUUUAUCCUUCUCUGAGGGAGGGAAUCGACCUGUUGUGCAAUAUCCAAUAUAUUAUUGCAACAGGUAGAAAUAGAAGCUUUGUAACUGUGAAAGAUGAGUGCAAAUGUAAGGACACUCACAUUGUAUCUACAUGCGUUAGGAGUCGUGAUAGUCAGUCAUAUGUGUAAUAUUCAGAAACAUUUGUUGUGUGUGUGUUUAAACACAUGUAAUAACUGAAAACACAGGUCAGGAUAUAUAUAUAUAUAUUCUCAUUUAGACCUUUCUGUGCUAUAUGCCUUUAUUGUGCGUUAGAGUCUAGUCCAGUGUCUUAAAAAAUAACCCUCUAUAUUUCCGUAACACGAACUGUCCUAAUAGAGUAUUUAAUGCGUAAAUGGCGCCAUGUAAACACAGGGGCCAGCCAACUGUCAGUGUCUCGUCAUCGGUGCAAGUCCCACGUGAGAGAGGAAAACACACACACACACACACACACACACACACACACACAGAGAGAGAGAGCGAUCAAAGAUGGCGCGUGCUUCUCUUUGGAUGCCUCAAAAUAUAGACCGCUGAUGUAGUCUCCAUGGCGACGUGAGUCUCCUCAGUAACCCCAGUCACCGUUGCCAUGGCGGCCUUGUUUCCACAGUAACCUCCCAGAUGGCUGGGAAGCUUUAUACGGAAGAUUAUCAUCUAAAAACCUCGUCUCUGGUCUGUAAUAAGACUCGAGUUUUGAGCGCGUAAAGUACAAGCCCAAAACGUGCCCAAGCGCCACCAUCACAGAUCGGCAAGCUCGCGCAUUCCAGUGACUCUAAACAUUGACACAAAAAACAUAUUGGAGUAAGUAGGUCCGUUUACAAAUUGCCACCAUGAAAUCAUCAAAAAUCAAAAACCAUCAAAAUUCCAAGAUGAAAAGGCCCAACUCAGUGAGGUGCGACUGUAUACCCGGAAACGAGCGACAUCGCGUGAGGAAUUAUGAAUGGACCUGGGAGCACGCUGCGUCUGGCUGUCUUGAGUGCGCUACUGCUGGCGCUCACCAGAGGCUGCUCUUCUCCCACGGAUGAAAUCGGUGAAGCCUGGUUUUUGCUCAAACCUCUUGGGACCUCCUGAUGACCCCAAUUAGACAGUCUCCCAUUCAGGGGCGCGAUGACUCUGGUCUUCCUUUUGGGGCCGGAUUGGCCAAAAUUAACAGCUGAGAGCGAACUCCCACUGGAUCAAAUUUUCUUCCUCAUCCUUCAUCCUCCUGAAUUCUCAAACCUGGACUUCUGACAAGCGGGCCCUGGGUGUUCUCCUCCUCCAGUGGACCACCAAUCAAUCCAAAAUAGACGAAAAAAAGCAAUCGCCGUCAAGGAAAAACAUAUGUGCGACAUUUUCCAGACACAGUCUUAUGACGGUUUAUGUUCUUGUGUUAACACACUGUGAGUGUUACUGUCACAGGAUCUAAAGUGAUUAAGAGAGCGACAGAAUUCAGCUGGACCUGUGUGUUAUUGACUCUCUGACAUUCCUCCAAACUGCUUUCUGCAUCAAAUUCAAAAAGGACAGCUUCAGGAAACAGCCAGCCGUUUUGCAAAGCACAUUUCAUUCCUGAAACUUUACAAGAAUUUCUACACUCUGUAUUCAUGUUUCUGGGAAAAUAUGUUCAUUACAGACAGGCUUUUGCUUCAAGUCCAAAUGUGGCAAAAACCGAAGCCAACCGUGAUUUGCUGAUAUGAAACUGUGAUACAAAUCAAAGACUGUUAGCCAUAUGCCUUCGUUAGCUCUGUGUGCUCCGUAUUGCUAACAUGUGAAACACACACAUACGUAUGUGUGCUUAUUGCUGCUAUUCCCCUGACCUACACAUGGAGAGCAAUACCAAGGCGUGCGUUGCAAUACACACAAACGCAGACAAAGAAACACGCACACAUGUAUACACAUGCUUGUGGAUGCUUGUCUUUUAUCCCAGAGUGCACUGGUGUCUUUUGGGAUGGGGCAGAAUGUUGCGAGGGGAAGGUUGUGUAUGCCAGUAUUUGUUCUGUGUUAUGCUGUGCUGUCUUAAACAUGACCCAUGUGAAGAGAU